AUGCUCAACCCUACUAAGAAGAUACAAUAUAAGAGAUGUCGUCGACUUUCAAUUCCAGGAAUGCCAGUCAACACAAGUAAACCCAAUGCCGACCCGACCCAUGCUCUCCACAUGCAACCGAGCUCCCAAAAAACCACCACCACAGUAAGUGAAAGUCAUCCAUACACCUUAUUACCAAUACUGCCAUCAACAUCAAACAUCGAAAUGUCCUUCCGCCUCCCCCUCGCACCCCCCUCUUACUCGGCGCAGCAACAGGCACAACCCUCUACCUCGCCCCCCAACUCUUCCAACCUCGCCGCCCCCUCCUCCUCGAUACCUCACCCUCCACAAUCUCAUCAAAAGACUGGUCCACAAAUUCACACUCCAGACCCCAACGUCCCAACAUCCGCACAAUCCGCCAACUAA